AUGACUGAAGACAGUGUUCUGGGAAAACACGGGCUCGGAAGUAAAAAUCAACCUCGUUCACCUCUUCAUACGCAGGAGAGGCUGCAAGUGUCCGAAUCGACUGGUCUUUCGCAGGAAUCCGGAGUUCCGCCGCCCUUAUCGUUCAAGCGUCGAUCGCGAGAUGUCUCGUUAGGAUUCUCAGGUAUGCGGCGAUGGAUCGGUCAGGAUUCAAACAGGAAUAGCUCUGUGUUUUCGGCACGCCAUCGAGCAAAUAGAGCUUCGGAUGGCUGGGAGCAUCCUGGUCGAUAUGUGAGUGCGAGUCAAGUUAGUGUACCAUCAAUUUUGCCAUUGAAACCACCCUCGUCGCAUUCCAACCCCAUUCCUACGCUGCCAUAUACAGUUCUUUGCAUGCUUAUAUUCGGAGAAUUUUGUUCAUCUGGUGUGGCCGGCCCUUUCUUGUUUUUCAUGCUAAAAGACUAUGAUCUCGGCGACGAGAGUCGAGUGGGCUUCUGGGCUGGGAUUGUGGCUUCGCUGUUUUUCUUGGCCCAAUUUCUUACAUCGCUCAUGUGGUCGUCUGUCGCGGAGAAAAAGGGAAGCCGAUUCGUUUUGCGAGCCUCCAUGAUCGGUAAUUCUCUGUCACUCAUCGCAUUCGGCUUUGCUCCGAACUUGCCGCUAGCGAUUCUUUUUCGCCUUUCCCAAGGAUUUUUCAACGGUGCUGUUGGUGUUGCUAAAGGUGCUGUGCGUUCACUCACUGAUGAAACAAAUGAAGGCCGUGCUUAUGCACAAAUGGGAUUCUGGUGGGGCAUGGGUGGUAUUGUUGGUCCUAUCCUUGGCGGCGUACUGGAACAUCCUGCGACCAAGUAUGCAUGGCUAUUUGGACGGAGUCAAUUUCUUCAUGCACAUCCAUACGUGCUUCCGUGCAUUUUAGCAGCAACAAGUACCAUUAUCGGUGCGUUCCUGAGUUUUUUUCUCGAGGAGGACCUAAAGCCCUCCGUAGGUGCGAUUCAUCUUCCUGAGGAGCCCCAAAACAUUAUUCGUUCCCCGUCUCAGGAGGAUGUAGAACGAAGCGGAUGGUCAUUCACAAGCUCCGCAUGGAGUCGUUUGCGAGGACGGCAUUCAUUGCAACAACCUCGAUGGCCUCUUGCGUUUGGACCUCGCACGCGUCAAGUGUCUUCAGGCACCGCUUAUGGCUACCAUGAGCCGAGGCGCUUGCGGUGUGUGUCCACCGCCAGUCGCAUCUCAAGUGAUGCAGGACCUGGAAUGCGAUCUCCUGAGCUUCUCACGACAGAAGAUCUGCGUGAAUAUGACCACGAAGAAAAUAAGCGCAAGUCUCUUGUCGAAAGAUUUGUUCUGUCAAAUGAUGAUGCAGUUUUAUCUCUCACUGAUCUCUGGGUGGCAGCUGCUGCAAAUAUGGAAGAAGACAGGCAUCGUGAAAGCGAGAGUGACGCCAUCCAGGAAGAGGAUGAAUGGGAUUAUCAUGACAGCGAGGAUGAUACUUCACAUCCUUUCCAUUCAACACCGUCCUUAAUACCCACUCAGACAUCUUCGUCCUAUGUCCCUCCGUUGCACUUCGCACGUGCGAGCAAGUUGCAUCGUACGCACGAGGAAACCAGUCGACAGGCCAUCAAUAUGUCACCGUCUUCACCUCCGUCACGUACUAUACCCUCAGCAUCACCCAUUUGGAUGCUGCCAUUAGUCGUGAUUGGACACUACAGUGUUUUGUCUUUUCACUCGUCUAUGUUCGAUCAAGUAUUCAUGGCAUUUCUUGUAACACCCGAACCCAGUGGGGGCCUGGGUCUUACGGCGUCCCAUUACGCCGGUCUCAUCGCUACUAUGACGCUAUGCCAGCUGCUGUUCCAAUUUCAACUAUACCCAAGUCUCGGCCCGCCGAAUGGUUCACUGUCACACUUGUCUGUUUUACAAACAGGUGUACUUCUAUACUUACCUUGCUAUGUUCUCUUCCCAUUCCUGCGUUCCUUUCUUCUCCCCAAUACAGAUGCAGCCGUCAUGCUCGGUAUGAUCGUUUUCGCGGCUCUGCGCUGGCUCGCCAACAUUCUCUCGUUCACGUCAGUCAUGGUGCUUUUAAAUGGAUGGACGCCCCUGCAUCUCGUGCCGCUUGCCAAUGGCCUUGCUCAGACCAUGAGUAGCUUCGCACGAUGUAUAGGACCGAUCACGGGCGGUACCAUCUGGGCACACAGUAUUCAAGGCGGGCCAUACGCCCAUGCAUGGCCCUUUAAUUUUCACCUGGGUUUCUGGGUCGUAGGCCUUGUGGCGUUCACUGGUGCCAUACACACACGCUUUAUUCGCGAGGUAACUUUUCCUUAG